CGGAGUCCCCUGUAUCACACUUUCACAGUUUUCACGAGCUUCUUCUGUUUCCGUUACCUACUAAACGUGGUAAAUUUAAGUCAUCUUCCACUUCUGCAAGUCGGUCUACAACCAACCAAAAAGCCUUCUUGUCCACUAAGCUUCUUUGAACACCGGGGAUACCCUAUAUCUAUAUAUAGGGAAACCACCAUUCUCCAUCGUCAAAGCUUAUGUUAGAGAGAGAGAGAGAGAGGCGGAAAUGGGGGAUGUGAGUUUGUUCUUAGAGACAGAGAAAUCAAAACCCCAAAGUGCCGUUGGGGUUCCACUUCCACCCUCACAAUCACCUGCAUCCUUCACUUCCGCAACCCCUAAAACCCCAAGGACUACUACUACUCCCUCUCAUUUUAUUGCUCCUCUUCCCCCACCUCCUCCUCUUGCUUGCCCUGUCCCAGGGAAGGUAGCGAUCGUCGCCACCAUGCAAGGCUGCCUUGACCUGGAGAUCGAUGAAGAAGGAGCACAAGUGGGACACAACCACAAGUGGUCCAACAAUCCUACCACCGAUGGUGGAGGCGGCCCAGAUGCUUGGCUGCCCAUUACGGAGUCAAGAAACGGCAACGCCUUCUACGCAGCAUUCCACACCCUCAACUCUGGAAUCGGAUUUCAAGCCCUCCUCCUUCCGCUUGCUUUCACCAUCCUUGGUUGGACUUGGGGAAUCAUAAGUUUAUCAUUAGCAUUCGGAUGGCAGUUAUACACUCUAUGGUUACUCAUCCAACUCCAUGAAUCAGUUCCUGAGACGCGCUUCAGUAGAUACCUCCAUCUAGCUAAGGCAGCAUUCGGGGAAAAGCGAGGGAAGUUGAUGGCCUUAUUUCCCAUCAUGUACCUGUCGGGAGGUACAUGUGUUGCACUGAUAACCCUUGGGGGUAGAACCAUGAAGCUCUUCUUCCAGACCAUUUGUGAGGGCACAAGUUCAUGCCUCGCCACUCCCCUUACGAAUGUCGAGUGGUUUUUGGUGUUUACGUGCACCGCCAUCGUCCUGGCUCAGCUGCCCAACCUAAACUCUAUCGCUGGUGUCUCGCUCAUUGGUUCCAUCACAGCCAUUACUUACUGUACCAUCAUAUGGGUGGUUUCUGUCACUCAUGGUAGGGUGGCCGGUGUUUCUUAUGAGCCAUUGCAGCCCAAGUCUGAGGUGGCGAAGAUCUUCAGUAUCCUCAAUGCACUUGGCAUCAUUGCUUUCGCUUUCAGAGGCCACAAUCUCAUGCUUGAAAUCCAGGGUACAAUGCCUUCAACUCAAAAGCAUCCAUCUCAGGUGCCAAUGUGGAAAGGUGUGAAAUUUGCGUAUCUUCUCAUUGCAAUGUGUUUAUAUCCCCUUGCAAUAGCGGGUUAUUGGGCUUACGGAAACCUGAUAGCUCAGAACGAUGGGAUGUUGGGCGCCUCGUACAAAUUUCAUGGAAACGAUGAAACCUCAAGGGUUGUCCUAGGUUUAACAAGUAUGCUUGUGAUAAUUAACUGCCUGAGCUCUUUCCAGAUAUAUGCAUUUCCCGUCUUUGACAAUUUGGAGUUUGCAUACACUAGCAAGAAGAAUAAGCCAUGUUCAAGGUGGUUACGCGCAGGGUUUCGGGUCUUUUUUGGAUGUUUGGCCUUCUUUAUAGCCGUGGCACUUCCGGUCUUAGCAAGCGUGGCAGGUCUACUUGGAGGAAUCGCAUUACCUAUCACAUUAGCUUACCCAUGUUUUAUGUGGAUUCUAAUAAAGAGACCUCAACGAUACGAUGCAAUGUGGUUCAUUAACUGGGGACUUGGGAUUCUUGGUAUGGCUCUUAGUUUUCUAGUGAUUGCUGGAGCAGUGUGGAGUAUUGUGGAUAGAGGUGUUCAAGCCAACUUCUUCAGACCUCCGUGAGAUGAAAAUUGAUGAAUUCACAUAGUUAAGUUCUCUCAUUGAGUCUGACAAAAACAAAUUAAAGGGAAAAUUGUGGUGUGCCCAACACCAUGUUUUGUAAAUAGUUGUUCUACUGGAUUAGUAACUUGAUUUUGUGGAUGAUCAUAUGGAUGAGCCAUUUUGUAGUCCUCGGCUUGGCCACAUAUGUUAAGAUGCACUAUAUGCUUGGCCACAUAUGUUAAGAUGCACUAUGUACACAUCAAAAUUGCUUUAGACUAUGAGAAACAUGAGAACUAGUCUAUGUAGUCCUUCCAUGCAAAUACAUGUAUGCAUUUAGUCUUGACCUUUGUGAUUAA